CAAUGCUAAAGGUGGUAUGAAAUGAAUGCAAAACCACAAUAACUGAGUUGAUUAUAGGCCUAUCAGGUCACUAUUCACUGAGCCGAGUGAUCUGAGCAAAACUCUGUGUACUCACGUGCUCCAGGACUGAGAACGCAAUCGCCGAAAUUACGAAGGAACAUGGCUGCGUCCUGAUCCUCUGCUGUCCGGCAUGGGCUGAAUCAGCUAGUUACUAGAAAUCGUCAGGCCUAAAAAUACUUGCUUUCAUGAGUGUCAUUUGAAACGCAUGUUGACUUCAACUUGAGUGCGUUUGCACGAAGCUGGACAGGUGUAGGCCUACAUUCCGAAAAUGGCUAUUGAUAUAGCCGUCCAGAAUAUGAACGUUCAGCUGACCAACUUUUUCAAUGAUGUUUUGAAAGUGGAAGCUAUUGAAGAGGCUUUUGCCCCCUUCAUGGUUCAUAGUAAGGAGAAUGAACAGAACAAACUUGAUGCCUACAAAGAGGAACUGAGAAGUCUGUUCUCUAACAACCAAGGAGAGGUCCAAGAUUUUCACCUUGUACAGGAAGCUAGUUUGAAGCAUUUUGUUUCCCUUCUGAGUGGUCAAGACAAUACAAAGCACUGCAAAGUUCUCUUCAGCCUCCUUGAACAUGUUGCAUCUGAGAAUGUUAUAUCUACAAGGUCAUUAUGUGAAGCAUUGCUGUCAGCUGACCAGCUAUCAUAUAAGAGCAAAGAGUAUUGGCUUGGAUCCUUCAGCCUUGUCAAGAGGAUGAUCACAAAUGUGGAAUAUAAGGGAGUUCGAGAAAUCAUGAAGAUGGCAAUAGAGAAGUCAAGCUGCCUCCCAGCAACCCUUGAAGAGUCAGAAGUUCCUCAGGCAAAGGCACUCUAUGAAUUGGUGGAAUAUAUUUUUGACCGAAAUGCCUGCCUCUUACCAGGAUACUUUGUCAUAAAUGAAAUUCUGAAGGCAUAUCCAGAGAACAGACAUUGGCCUCAUUGGAUGCUGGCUCCCUUGCUAUCUGGUUUUGUGGACAGUUUCCGCCCAACUGCACAGAUGGUUUCUCUGAUGAACCGGACAAACUUGUUACCGGUUGUGGAUCAGACAGGUCCCUCUGGUCAAGCAGUCAGUGGGUGGAAGUUGGAGCCACCAACAUUACGGUUUUCCAUCAAAGGGAAUCUGCCAUACACCAAUGAGUAUUUGCAGCCUCAAAGCAAGCUUCUCAGAUAUGUUCUGGAGCAGCCAUACUCCAGGGACAUGGUCUGCUCCAUGCUAGGCCUCCAGAAACAGCACAAGCAGCGAUGCAUGGUUUUAGAGAAUGAACUAGUGAAUUUGAUUGUUGAUGCGAUGGAGCGACAUGAAGAGAGAGCAUCUGACAGCCCUGGCUAUCGACAUCCUCCAUCACAUUGGCAACAUCUGUCUGCUCAGCUCAUCUUCUUUGUACUCUUCCAAUUUUCUAGUUUUCCACACAUGGUCCUGGAGUUCAUAAACAAACUGUCAGGGAAGAAAAUACAGAAAGCCAGAGACCAUCUUAUGUGGGCUCUCCUCCAAUUCAUCUCUGGCAGUAUUCAGACAAAUCCUUUAAGUGACUUUCUCCCUGUACUGAAACUCUAUGACCUUCUCUACCCUGAGAGAGAGCCUUUGCCUGUUCCGGAUGUUAAUGACCCCCUUUCCUGUCAUCAAAUGGCUCCUGUGUGCAUUUGGAUCCACUUGAUGAAGAAAGCCCAGUUGGAAGGUGUGAGCGUGCACAGACCAUUGCCUAUUGCCCUCAAGACUCACCAUGAAUACCUUCAACACUUUGUUCUGAAUAACAGUCCUCCAUUGACGGUUGGCACUGACUACCGUGUGGCUCUCCUCUGCAAUGCUUUCUCAACAAAUCAGGAAUACUUUCCACGUCCAAUGGGUGCUCUGGUAGAUUCAUUGCAUGCACAUCAGAAGAUCCAGACUCAAAUGCCAGGGACAAACUGUGUUGCUGGAGGACCAGCCACCCCUCUCCCAAUGGAGAUUCUGGAUGCGUUGACAGUUCAUGCCAAGAUGAGCCUCAUUCAUUCCAUUGCCACACAUGUGAUCAAGUUAGUGCAGACAAAAUCCACCUUGGCUCUUGCGCCUGCUCUGGUGGAGACAUAUAGUCGCCUCCUUGUCUAUACUGAGAUUGAGUCAUUGGGAAUCAAGGGCUUCAUUGCCAUCGUCUACAUCACAUUCAACCCCACUAUAGAGUACAGCUACUCUCUCAUCUCCAUAGUCUUUCUACUGUCCCACAAACUAAUCAUACCCAGCUUCAUCUUUGGCCUGGGAAGUAUGGAACUUCAACCACAGGGACAGCUGUCAAGAUUCCUGUCUGAACCAAAAAGCAUAGUGUCAUCUGAGUCUGAGGAACUCAACCGGGCUCUCAUCCUUACUCUUGCUCGUGCUGUUCAUAUCACAGGAGGAGAAUCAGUGUCAGGUCCUUGGUACAAGGAGCUGGUGAUGUGUGUACAAACUAGUACUCCCCUCACAUGGCCAUCUCACACUCUUCAGUGCUUUCCUCCUGGUCUAGCUGAGAUUUACAACAACUCCCCAACCACACUUGCUAAAGAUGUCAAGCAGCAGAUUAAGGGUGUUGGAAAGAAUUGGGCCAAGAGCACUGUGAAUCGGUGCAUUGAAGCUGUGAAUGAUCUCAUCUGGAAGUACCACAUUUUCCCCAUUGACCGCUUUAUCCUCUGCCUGAUUCUAAGGAAUCAUGAAGAAAGGGAGGCACAGGUCUGCUUCCUCAUCAUCCAGUUUCUUCUUGUCCGCUACACUGAUUUUCAGACCCGAGUAACUGAAUUUGUUCAUGACAACUCUCCUGAACAUUGGAAACUCAGCAACUGGCAUGAAAAGCAUUUGGCAUUCCAUAGCAAUUAUCAAGAGACAUUUGCACCUGAGGGACUGUUGGAUCAGAAUGCAGCCACCCUACCCAUUUACUUUGGCAAUAUCUGCCUCCGCUUCCUACCAGUGUUUGACAUGGUCAUUCAUCGAUACCUGGAGAUUGCCCCCAUGGUUUCUGUAGCUCGUACACUUGACCUCCUCCUGGACAGCAUUGGAUCUCUUUACAAGUUUCAUGACCACCCAGUGACAUACUUAUACAAUACCCUGCAUUACUAUGAGCGACGCCUAAGUGAACGUCAUGCGCUGAAGAAGAAGCUCGUGUCUGUGAUCCUUGGCUCUGGUGUCCACGGUCUAUCUCAUCUGUCCCAACCGAUGCAAGAAUACCUCAAUUUUCCUGGUGAUGACACAUCCUGGAUACCUGAACUGGACUACUAUGCCAAGAUUGUGCACCGCUUCGUCCAGACUUUACUUGGCAAGGAGAGCAUCUUUGAUGGGGAUUGGAGAUUCCAUGAAUUCCCCAAUGCAUCAGCUCAUGCCUUGUACAUCACAUGCACAGAGCUCAUGAGUCUCCCUGUUCCUGCUCCUACAGUAGGAUCAAAUCUAAUUGAUGUCAUCCUUAGGGGACACAGUGCCCUUCCUCGUGGAGUUCUGGGCUCUUGGAUCAAUGGAGUGGGUCUCAUUCUCACUUCCCUCCCUGAACCUUAUUGGCAGGUCCUCUUCGACAGAAUACUUGAGUUCCUCGACUCACCUCUCAUGACAUCAUACAAUUUGAAUGUGGACCCCUUCCAGUUAUUUGAUUUUUCUAAGGCUCACAACACUCUGACUCAUGUCCAGCCAGCAUAUCUCCUGGCAUUGUCUCAUUCCAUCCUCCAUCAUGCAGUGAUUCGACAGCUUGUUGGGCUUCCGCAAUUUUUGAAGGAAAAAGUUUGUCCACUGGUGAAGACAGAGGAGCAGCUCCUCUGGAUCUGCCACCUCAUUGGUCCCUCAUUGCGUCGCUUGCAUGCUGAAUGCACCCGUGCUCUCAUGGAUCUCACUGUUGCACUCUAUCAGCUCCUUCAGCAGGUUGAUAAGUGCCAACAAGUGCUUCGCUUCAUGGACACCAUCUGUGACCUCUUGUAUCCUUUCCUGUUUUCUCAUCUCAUGGGUGGGAUUGGGGGCCAGAAAAAUAGUCAGCCUGACAGAUUCCAUACCUCAAGCCUUAUGAGCACAAACACCUCGUCUGCUGCAGUUGUGCUAGAUGGACUAAGGAGUUGUCUUAUUCUUGUUAGGCAAAUAUGCACCCUUGACUGGAUGAAUUCCAGGUAUCAUAUCAAAUACAUGUUCACUGGUUACAUGGUGGAAUCUCAUGUGGAGCAGAUCAUUCGAAUGCUGAGACCUGCUCUCCAAAAGCGUCUCCGCUUCAUCACCCACUCCAACACUGAAGAACUUGGUGGUACAAAUUGA